AUGUACGAGAUGACGGGCGAGUCCCUUUCGAACAAGGUGAGCACCGUUCAAACCUUCGGCAAGGGCGGGGGUGGCCACCCGUCCGAGUUCUAUCUGGUCCGAGCUGCGACCACGGUCCAAGCUGACGUCAACACCAUGCUAGACGUGCUACGAACCAGCACGUAUGAGGAUUUCCGAGUUGUCAUGAAGAAAAUCUUUGCGAAACAGUUCGAAAGUGGCGCCAUCGUGGACUCCUUAAGCUGUAUGACGCCCCUCCCAUACACACCAAGUCUGGACAGUAAUGGGGUGCAAAAGGGAUGGCAAACCUUCAGUGAUGACGACAGAUACAGCGCCAAUUGGAUCACUCUAAGAGGCUUUAACAAGCUAGGAGGGCUAGACGGCCACCGAGACUUCACUAUGGUCUGCUACCAGGACGUGUUCGAGCGAGCGUAUAUUAGUGAUAAACUAACUCGCGUAGGACGCAGAGUUGCGCGAGAUUCUCGAAGACUUCAACCGAUGACGGGGUCUAGACUUAUUGGAGUGCACACGCUUUCCAGCAUGAAUUUCAGGGAUAUCCCGGAGCUGCCCAAGUCUUCCAAGACCGACCGUCUUCAUUUCCGGAAUUCAGGUGUAGUUGUCGAGGAAUUAUUGGACGAAGAUGCCAACGGGCCCAUGGUUCGUUUGAGCUUACUACUGUCGCUGAUGCCGUCGAAACUUAUUCUGAAAGAAGUCUCCCAGAGCCCACGUAUGCGUGUGGCGCUGGCUGCGGGGCACGAAGUCGCUAAGAAAUACCGUAAAUGGCUACAAACACUCGUUUUGGGCGUAAGUCACUUUGCAGAGGCAGCCAAACCUGCUGUGACUAUGCAACAUCCAAGCAAGAUGACGUGGAUGGAGAGCGAUACCUGUUUCCUGUGCCUCAAGACGUUCCGUGCGUACCGAAGACGACACCACUGUCGCUUCUGUGGUGAAGCCGUGUGUGGUUCCUGCUCCGGAUUCGUGAACAUGACAUCGUUCGACGUCAACUAUGAUGGCAGUGAAGCUAGCUCCGACAGUAUUAUAGUUGGCCAUCGCCUAUUGGAUCAACGUAUGGCCAGUGACGGAAGUGGAAGGAGUCGGAAGGGGAAUGUAUAUGAUACAGGCGGAGCUGAGACGGAGGAGCUAACCGAGACGCGCGGGUGUAACACGUGUAUGUCAGAGCUGCAGAUGAAUCUGACCAUGUCAAACCACGCUAGAAGUCAGCAGGAUUCAAGUCGUAGCAACAGCAGCUUUUCUCAACUUGGAAACGCUCGAGUGAUGCCUAUGCGUUCUGGAGAAUACCAACCGUACCCGCAAUACUCUGGUCAAAAGAUGAGCUUUUCCACUAUCAGCAGCAGCUCAUACUCAGGUCUGUCACUCAAUGAACGUGGAGUCUACUCGUCGACCAGCUCAGUAGAGUUCAUGGGCAAACCACCAGCCACUUUGACCGCUAUGAACUCGUAUCCCACGCCACGCAGCUACUCGACGGACUCUUCAGUGAGCGCUUUUCUGGCUCGAGACCCCGACAUCUUGUCACUCAACGGCUUGACAUUCCCCCGAAAGUUCCCCAACCGCGUGAGUUUCGCCACCACUGCCGCUACGAACGAAGGCAGCAACCACAGUCAGUUCAACUUCUUGAGCAUGAAUCCACAAGAGGUGCAAGCCACCGAGCAGCUCAUUCGCGAGGUAAAUGCACGAGGAAACCAGCGAAUGACGGGUCGUCCUCCACUGCCCCAGUACCAGCAAGACUACGAACAGAGUCCUGUGGGGCUCGCGAACCAGAAAAUCUACCACAUGCCUCGGACAGAACGAGGUUUGUCCCCGCCGCACUCGCAAAAGUCGUCGUACUCAUCCGGCAGCACACACAGCGACCUGAUCCGAUUGAACCCCGUUAUCAAUGCCCCACCAGAGUCGACGAGCGUAGGCUUCGUCGUGUUCAACAGCAAUCAACAGACAAAGAGCGCAACAACCUCCAGCGAUAUGAUACCGCUCCACUUCUGA